UGGACAGCCCGGCAAUUGUAUAUCGUACCUCAAUUGUGAUGUCAUCAUGCGUCUUCUAUUUCUAAAUUCUCAGAAGCGUGAUCCCAAUGUAGAAAGUUACGUUCUGCAAAGUAUUUGCGGAAAUCGAGAUGUCUCACAGAUGGUAUGCUGUCCUGGUCUUAGAUUCUCACAACAAACCACCACCACCAGCACUUCUUCUGGCAUGUUUUUCUUCUCUUCAAAUGUGCAACCGAGCAGAGCAACUGACGCUCCGAUAUUGAGUAGCACCGUUUCACAGCAAACAGGACAGCAAUACAAACUACCAACAAAUCCCAUCGACCGGUGUGGAAUGUCCAACGCAUCUCAUGCGCGUGUUGUUGGUGGCGUAGAUGCUCAGCUUGGCGCAUGGCCUUGGGUAGCAGCGUUGGGAUACCGGUCGAACUCAUUUGAUCUCACGGCCGGUCCAAAAUUUCUUUGUGGUGGUACACUAAUUACCAUUAGACACGUGCUGAGUGCCGCACAUUGCAUUCAAAAUCUACUGUAUUUCGUACGGCUCGGAGAGUAUGAUAUCACAUCCGACAAUGACGGAGCAAAUCCUGUAGAUAUUUACGUCGAUCGCACCUUCAUUCAUGAGCAGUACAAUGAGAAAACGAUCCAGAAUGACGUUGCUCUGAUCCGUUUACAGAGAAAUGUCCCACUUUCUGACUCAAUCAAACCAAUCUGUCUGCCGGUAGAGGAAGCAAUUCGCUCUUUCGAUUUGACAUAUUACUCACCGUUCGUUGCCGGUUGGGGUACGACCACCUUUCGUGGCCCCACCGCAAAUCGACUGCAGGAAGUUCAGGUGAUCGUUUUACCAACGGAUCAGUGUGCAUUCAACUACAAGCUGUACUUUCCCGAUCAGAUAUUCGAUGAUAAAGUACUAUGCGCGGGUUUUCCCCAGGGUGGCAAGGAUGCUUGCCAAGGCGACAGUGGAGGCCCGUUGAUGUUGCCGCAGCGAUCAUCGAACGGGCAGUACUACUAUUACAACUUGAUCGGAAUAGUGUCGUACGGUUACGAAUGCGCAAAGGCCGGCUUUCCUGGAGUUUACGUGAAGGUUAGUGUGUAUAUUCCGUGGAUUGAAUCGAAGCUGAAUCUGUCUCAGUCGUGCUACACACCGAACGGUUUAAUUGGAGUUUGCCAAUCCCUGCAAUACUGCCCUUCAUUAGUUCGUCUUUAUGAGCGUAACCGAUCAAGACAAACUAUCAACUUUCUGGUAGCUUCUCAACGCAACUGUGGAAAUCGAGCGUAUGGAGGGUAUCCCGUUCUUUGCUGUACCGAUGGAGUCGAGUAUGAACAAAAUCCUUCAACAAGCUCACCUUUCUUUGAGGUGACAACUACUACGACAACAACAACAACUACUCCCAGACCAACGACGUUUGCUCCCAUCACUUCUGCUCCCGUACGACUUGCCGAUUGUAUUGGUCCCGACAAUAGGGAAGGAUAUUGCAUUAGUUUGCGAAGCUGUCCGUCACUUCUGUCGGAAUUCUUACAACGUCAGAAGGAUCCUCAGUAUGUAAGAUACAUCCAACAGUCCAAUGCUAUUUGCAACUAUAUUCAGCCGAAUGUGUGCUGCCCUCUGGAAACAUCUGUGACGAGCGCACCAAAUACUCCUCCUCCGACGGCAGCUCCUCCAACUCCGCCUGCACCUAUUACAGAGGGACCACCAGUCCCUAAGAACAAUGACGUUAUCCGGCUGCCCACGCCCAGUGAUGGAUGCGGUUACAGUAAGGUUGAACAUACUCGGGUAGUCGGAGGUGUCCCGGCUGCGUUGAACGGGUGGCCUUGGAUGGCAUUAAUAGGAUACAAAAAUACUCUCGGGGAGGUAUCGUUCAAAUGCGGAGGGUCCCUGAUUACCAAACGACAUGUUCUGACGGCUGCCCAUUGUAUUCGAAAGGAUCUUUCUUCUGUUCGGCUUGGUGAACAUGACACAUCGACUGAUACUGAAACUAAUCAUAUCGACAUUCCAGUUGUGAAGAUCGAAACGUACCCUCAGUACGACAAGAAGGACGGUCAUUCUGAUUUGGCGGUUCUUUAUCUUGGACAGGAUGUUUCAUUCAGCGAUGCUAUUCGUCCGAUUUGUCUCCCCAUCGGUGAUCCAGUGCGAAGUCGGAAUCUAGAAGGUCUGACGCCAUUUGUAGCUGGCUGGGGACGAACUCAAGAAGGUGGAAAGUCAGCUACCGUACUGCAAGAGCUUCAGAUCCCCAUAAUAUCGAAUACGCAGUGCCAAGGAUUGUAUGCUAAGAUAGGAAAAUCAUUUUCGACUAAGCAAUUCGAUAACGCUGUACUAUGCGCUGGUGUAUUGGAGGGUGGUCAGGAUUCUUGUCAAGGGGACAGCGGCGGACCGCUGAUGAUGCCGCAGCGCCGUGGUGUAGAUUUUGACUAUUAUCAGGUUGGCAUAGUUUCCUAUGGAAUAGGAUGUGCACGUGCCGAGGUCCCUGGUGUUUAUACUCGAGUGACCACGUUUGUGGAUUGGAUCGAACAAAAAGUCAGUGAACCAGUGUGAUGGAAAAGUUUGUUGUUUACUCGGGUUUAUUCAUAAUAUGAAAUAGAAUAAAUAAUUGGUUUGAUGUUA